AUGUUCAUUGUUUGCAUCGAUGCAGCCAAGACUGGGCUCCUCAAACUCACCUGGGCUGGAGAGAGCGACACUGAGGAGGUCGUGUUUGAAGUUGCUCUGGGCGAGUACGUGCAACAGUUUGUCCAAGAGUUUAAAGCUGCCAAAGCCGUGGCUGUGAAUGAAGGACAGGUCACUGCAGGAGCCACCCAUGCAUGGAUUUCCAACUACAUCAACAAGCAACCAAUCAGCAUUGUUGCAACGCCGGAAAUGACCCCCGUGGAAAACUACUUUCGGCAACUCAACAACGUCCAAAACAUUGACGCGCCAGAAAAUCUCAUGGACACGUACAUGGCGCGCUCGGCAUUCGAGUACAACCCGCAAACUCUCAAAAGUGUCAAAGAGGAGUGGAUUGCCAAGCAGCUCGAAAUCAAAAAGUCCGAGUUCACCGAGCCUCGGACGUUGACCUUUCAAGAACUAGAUUUGAGCGCAGAGGCGUUUGUCUUCAACGAAUCCAACCGCGAAGCCAUGUGGUGCGCCAUGAUUGAGGAUUGCAUUAAUCUCGACAAGGUGUACACCAAGGUCAAGUCCAAGCAGCUGGUGGGCAUGCUGCUGUGCGUCUACGUCAAGACCGUGCAUAUUCCCCAUAUUCGCAAUGUGCAGGCUGUCGUCACGGGCACUGGCAUCAUGGGCAUGAUGGGAAACAAGGGCGGUGUCGCUAUUCGCUUCCGACUGUUCGACACGGAUUUGUGCUUUGUGAAUUCGCAUUUGGCCUCUGAUAGCGGCCGCUGCGACCGCCGCAACCAGGAUUACCAGGAGGUGGUCAAACGCACACUCUUUACGAUGCCCAACGGUCCUCCGUUCACCAUUUUCGAUCACGACCUGGUCUUCUGGGUGGGCGAUCUGAACUACCGCAUUCCACUGCCGGAUUCGGAGGUCAAGAGUCUCGUCAAGGCUCGCGACUAUCAGAAGCUGCUCAAAUACGACGAAUUGACCGUCGAGCGAAACGCCAAACAUGUGUUUGUCGGCUUUGAGGAGGGACCCAUCGAUUUCUACCCCACAUACAAGUUUGACGUUGGCACCGACACUGAAAAGCAACGCACGCCUGCGUGGUGCGACCGCGUCUUGUGGAAGGGCGCGGGCGUCAAGCAGCGAACCUACACUGGCCAUAUGGUCUUCCGGACGAGCGAUCACAAACCAGUGAGCUCCCUUGUCGACUUUGCCGUCCAAGUAGUGCAGCCCAAGCGCUUUGCAGAAGUGCGCCAGCAGAUUGUUCGCGAAAUGGACAAGAUGGAGAACGAAUGCCGCCCAGAUGCCGUGAUCAGCACCAAUCUUGCCAAGUUCCCCGACGUCAAGUUUAUGACGCGAUACACUCAGUCUAUUGUGAUUGAGAACUCUGGCCAGGUCAUUUUGCAAUUCCGCUUCAUUCCAAAGCUGGAUGAGAAAAAGUUCUGCAAGCCCUGGUUGCGAAUCAACCCACCUGUCGGCAUGAUUGUUCCAGGCGAGAAGGCCACCGUCGAGCUCAUGCUCAUGGUCGACGCCACUACCGCAGCGUCCUUGAACACGGGCGAAGAGCGGCUGGAGGAUAUUCUGAUUCUGCAUCUCGAAAACGGCAAGGACUACUUUGUGUCAAUCACCGGCAACUUCCUUCGGACGUGCUUUUGCACGCCCCUUGUCACCUUGGUCAACACCCUCCGUCCUGUUCGCGACCUCACGCAGCCUGCAGCAGCAUCGUCUUCCUCCGACCGUCGCACAAAGUCGCAGCCGCCGCAACCGAACUUGAUUGAUUUUGGCGAAAGUGCGUCUACCCCUGCAGCACCCACCUCCAAGCCCGAGGAACCCAAGAAACUGCACAUCCCGAAGGAACUUUGGCGCAUGGUGGACUUUUUGUUCACCUACGGUCUCGACGAGGAUAAUCUCUUUGCAACAUCCGGCAAUGAGCAGUCGAUGGAGCUCAUUCGAGAGUGCUUGGAUACCGGCCUGCCAUUCGAAACUAUGCCGGACGCUGUACACUCGAUUUCGGAGUGCUUGAUCCGCUUCCUGGAGGCGCUGCCCGAUCCCGUCAUUCCUUUUGUGCACUACCAGCGUUGUCUGGACAGCAAUAGCAAUUAUACGCUUUGCAAGCAGGUGCUGACGCAAUUGCCGUCGGAGCACUACAAUCUCUUCGUGUACCUCAUGGCGUUCUUGCGUGAAGUGUUGAGCCAUGCCGUCACCAAUGGGCUGUCUGCCGAAAAGCUCGCUUUGCUUUUCAGCGCCGUGUUGUUGCGACCGGGCCCGGACAAGACGCGGGAUGCCGCUUCCACCAAGAAGGCCUCCAACUUUAUCUACCACUUCCUGCUCAAUGAUGAAGAGCCUCAGUUCGCAUCGUGA